AUGUUAGACACAAAUACUCAAAUCUCUACGGCCGCCGUCGUCGGCUGGCCAAGUGGUGAUAACCUCAAGUACCUGGCCGAUCCCGAUCCAAUGCAGAGCAGCCUGACAUUCAAGACACGAAUCGAUAACACUUCUUCCCUUUUCGAAAUCCGGGUCCCUAUCCAUCUCAAACUCACGGAAAAGAAAACACCUAGACUCUCGUCCCUCAUUUUGAGCAUGCUCUCGACCAUAGAGACCUUUUCCUUUCAAGUCCUCGCGACAAUCUCUCAACCCUCAAGGGGAAAACUGAGCUCUCAAGUCCUUGGCCUCGAUUUUAAGCUCAAUGAGAACAUUACGGUCCUUAUUCCUCUGCACGCGAAGAAACAGCCGGUCCAAGGCAAGACGCAAUCUGGUGUUGUUCUCGACUUUAUUCGCGAGAUAUCUCAAAUUAAAUUCUUCUCCGUGUAUAUCGAUCAUACUUAUUCACAUGAGGCUGGGCUAAAUUCCAUCCGCAAUGCAAUAGAUGGGGGCCGAUACCGAUCCACUCGCAAAAGACAGCUUGACCUGCAGAGCCUACAUCAAGGUCAAGGUACCCAGAUUACUCGUUUUCCUUCGCAGUCGGAAGGACUACCUGCUUACGAUGACGUGCCAUCAUCCUCUUUAAACAUAACGACACAAAAGAGAAAAAGCCACGGCAAGAGCUAA